AUGUGUCUAAUGUUGCGAAACUAAAUCCACGCGAGACUUGGUGACAUCGUUCAGCGACACGUCAACUACACGGAAGAAGGUCUCUAUCCAACUCAUGAUCCAGCCUGCAUUGCUGAUAUAAGAACGGUAGUCUUGUCGAAAUGGGCGGUUUAUUCUCCAGUCUCUUCUCGGGCCUGUUUGGCACCAGGGAGAUGAGAAUUUUGAUCCUCGGUUUAGAUGGCGCUGGAAAAACGACCAUUCUGUACCGGCUGCAGGUUGGAGAGGUGGUCACCACAAUCCCCACAAUCGGCUUCAACGUUGAGACAGUCACAUACAAGAAUCUGAAGUUCCAGGUGUGGGAUCUGGGUGGACAGACGAGUAUCAGGCCCUACUGGCGGUGUUACUACUCAAACACAGAUGCAGUCAUCUACGUCGUUGACAGCAGCGACCGCGACAGGAUGGGCAUCUCAAAGUCUGAGCUGGUGGCCAUGUUGGAGGAGGAAGAGCUGAAGAAAGCUAUCCUGGUGGUAUUUGCAAACAAGCAGGACAUGGACCAGGCAAUGACGCCUACUGAGGUGGCCAACGCUCUGGGUCUUCCCGCCCUCAAAGACAGAAAAUGGCAGAUCUUCAAGACCUCGGCCACAAAGGGCACAGGCCUGGAUGAAGCAAUGGAAUGGCUGGUAGAUUCCCUGAAGAGUCGACAGUAAAGUCUCCCACCUGUUCUGUAUAUAUUCCUGACCUUUGACCCUUCUGUAUGAAGCCUUGUGACUGACCCCUCCCCACCUGAAGCCUUGGCGAAGCCCUCCCAAUGCCUAACGCCUUUCAAGCCUGGGACUUAGAAGCGAAGGCUGCAGUAACGUCUGGACUGGGCACACAUUAAUUAAGCCCCAUCUUUUCCAAUGCUGGUGGCACAAGUGAAGGUUUUAGAGAGCUGUAUGACUUCAGUGAUGGAUGGACAACAAGUUAGUAUCUACAUUUUUUUUAUGUUUUGCAAAUGCAAAAAAAAAUCCUAAACGUUAAAUGUUGCUUCUUCUUUUUUAAACCAAUCCAUUUGUAUUAAUGCACUCAAAUAAGUUCAUGCAUCAAGCGGAAUCAACUACUACAGCCCUGUGAAGCCCGCCCAUUCUGUCCCGGUGUAGAAUUUCUGAAAUCAGGUGUCUUUGCUGGGCAGUGCAUCAGUUAAGCCUCAUCUUCUGCCGGAGGUGUUAAAGCCAGAAGAUGAGUAGUUGAUGGGAACCAACGUCAGCAAAAAGAUGCAACGAAGAUUCACCGGGAGGCAGAGUUUUUCCAUCAGGACACGAAUAUCAUCAGAAGUUUCACAGUAGAAAUUUCACUCAACCAGAGAGGACAUGUCAUCACUGAGAAGCAGCUGUUUAACUACCAACUCAGACAAUUUUUAAUAGUAUGCUUGAGCCAUACAGAAUUUCCAUGUUCAGUGCAGCAACUAUGAAAUUCAACUCUGUUCUACUGGCUUAUGAAAUAUUCUUAUUUAUUUUGGAAGUCGCAAAUUUGGCUUGAAACAGUGAAAAACUUUGCAUCUACUAAAUGUCCUCUGGCCAGGUAUUACUGCAGCCUGGGCUGGUUUUGUACUAUAUAAGCUGGCAGAUGCAUGUCAUGGAUUUCUAUUUUUUCCUCCCAUUUGUUUGUUUGCCCACUUUAAAAAAAAUUAUUUAGUAGUUAAAGCCGUUUUCCAUUGAAAUCCUUGAGUACAGUUUUGGCAUUCAUUUAGUUACUGAACACUAACUGUAUGCUCGAAGUUUUAUGGUUGCAUAUUUAUAUCUGCUUGUACAGUGAAAAUGGUUCUCAGUAAAGAUUGCUAUCAGUGAUUGUA